AUAAAAAUAAGCUAAGGUAAAAGUCAAGGUACUGCGGAGGGCUGGGAACAGCGCGAUAGGACAAAGCGUGUAAAACCAAAAUGACGCAUCACAAUCACCCAUUCAGAACGGCAUCAUUGUAAGUCACAGCGCCGCCAGCAGCAGCACAUGUUGGCCCCUAUAUAUGUGGAAUAUGAAAUGUUUGCAACAAUGUGAAUCUCUGCUCUUUGUGCGUGUGGUUGUGUGUGCGAUGUAUUUCUGGACAUAAGUUCAAAAACAUUUUCAUGACUUGGUUUCCCAUACAUAUAAUUAUUAUUGUUUUAAUAUUUUGCUCAAAAAAAAAAAAGAAAAGAAAAAAUAAUAAUAAACCUACAAAAUAUAACAGAGGCGUAUAAAUUCGAAAAAAAGAACUGAUAAGAAGAACAUGACAGCGUAGCCCAGCUCAGAAACAACAAAAGAGAGAACUGGAUGGCUGGCUAGCUGGACACAAUAAUAUUGAAACACACACAAGAUGCUGGCCGGAUUCAUGUCAUAAUCUGAAACCGAAUUCUGUCCGAAAGAGAGCCCGCAAUUGAACUGACUGUUGUGCAUAGAGCCACUCACUAUUAAGCUAAACUUCUCAGACAACGGAGAGUUAAAACGGAAAUUAAAAUUAGUUUUAAAAUUUGGGUGCCAGAAAACGGUUUACAAAUUGAAAGGAAGAAGAAAAAAAAAAAAACAAGAAACAAAUUGAAAGUGAUAUAACGGAUUAAAUAAAUAGAAAUAAAAAAAAAAUAAAAAUUAAAUAACACUAAUUAACCGCUUAAACAAAUUCAAAAUAAUUAGAACACAGAAAAAUUAUUAACUUUAAAAAGAGAGAGAGAGAAAGAGUCACAAAAUACAUAAAUCACAAAGGAUUAUAUCUCGUAAAGGAUUAACAAAACAAUAUAAUGCCAAAUCUCAAAUAUAUUAUCUUCAUCGUGCUGGUGUGCCUGUUGGCCACCACAUAUGCCGUUUCCAGUACCUGGGGCAACAUUUCCAAUUCCGCCCAACUGUUGCAUGCCGAACAAGUAUUUCAUGCCUCAUCACCGGAAAAAUAUGUGACACAUGAAAUUAAAUAUCCCAAAAAUGGCAUUGGCAAUGGCCGCAUUAUAACCGGCAUUCGAGCAUUUGAUCAGGUUACCAAUGGCACUGGAGGUCAUGCCACAAUUUAUUCCGGAGGUCCUGGUUUUAAUUUUGUCAACAUUAAAUUGCAAUCACAAUACAAUUAUGGUAUAGUAUUUCGUGUAGAAAUCUAUGGCAAAUAAUACACAUGUAUUGAACUGUAUCUAUGUACUCAAUAAAUUUUAUUUAUAAAUUAAAUUUAAAA